AUGAGUUUGAGAUUGUUGUGAGGGCAUCGCAAACCCACACGCUGUAGCAUUUUACACAAUACGAGACACACUAAAAGCCCAAAACAGAACUCACCGUGAGCAGGUGAUAAGGGUGAGGAGGAAAAGGUGCAGGAGAGGGCAGGGCUAACCUGGGAGAGUGACAAAGCAGACACAAGGAAAGAGACGCAACAGAAGAGAGAGAUUGACAGAUAGAGAAGUUGGGAAAGUGGGAGAGGCCAAUUGUCACACGCUGGGGUUAUAAUACAAUGGAGGGUGGUAGACGAUCUUUAAUAUCAAAAGUGUGAUUCUAGUGCUGCUUCUCGUGAGGAGGGGCACUACAGAAGCGUUGGAUGCUGAGGACCUAAUACCAUUACACAUCAUUGAGACUCAGCCUUACACAGGGAGCAUGCCACGAUGUCAUCCUACUCUGAUGCCGAUAAUCAGUGUCAACCGGGGAACACCAUCUGUGAGUUCACAGUGUAUGAACAGGAAGUGAUCAUCGUGCCUGUCCUGCUCCUAGCAAGCUUCCUGGUCAGUCUGCUAAUCGUUCUCCUGCUGAGGUACUGCACUGGAAAGGAAAACCGCAGACGACCCACAGUAAUCCUAGCCCGACCACACUGCACCAGCAUGGCGAGCAGACACACACAGAGGAAAAGUACCAGACGGAACAUACAGGGCAUUGAGGCUCCUCCUGAGCUGAACCCUCUGGAGCAUGAGGAGUUACCUAUGAGCACUCCGACCCGGCGUGACGCCCUUGCCACGUGGUCUGCCGUACCGGAGACGCCCAGAGAGAGACAGCAUGGCUCUUUCAACCUGGUCACUCCGCUGCCCCUCUCCUUCCCCGUCAAACUGGACGACUCUGUCACCCUCUACAGGGCAAGGAUGGACAACAGAGAUGUGGUUCUACGGACACUUAAAGAAAAAGCAGAUGACAGUGAGCGGCAGUCCUUCCUGGGCUUUGCCUCCUUCCUGUCUGAGCUGGGGCCCCACCCCUUUUUGCCUGGUAUGAUGGGCGUGGUCUCCCUACGUACCUCCCUCAUCACCGUGAUGGAGGAACUGGUGCACAGGGACCUGCUGGGGUUCCUAUGGAGGUGUCGACAGGACACGGGUGUGGAGUCCCCGUGCGAUAUCACAGAGCAGCGCAUCUUCACCAUGGGAGGACAAGUGGCUUCUGCUCUGGAAUACCUGCACGGUCAGAGCUGUAUCCAUGGCAACGUUGGAGCUCGGAGCGUGCUGGUUGGUCUAGACCUAACGGCUAAACUGUGGGGAUUGGGUCCAGCAUACUGUAAGAAGACACAAGCAGGAGCUCCAGGAGAGCUGCAGAACGUUGAGAUGAGGAAGUGGCAGGCUCCAGAAGUAUUGGCAAGGAGACCUGUCAGUCAAAGCAGUGACGUCUGGUCUUUUGGUAUCCUGCUCCAUGAAAUAGUGACACUAGGUGACCCACCAUUCCCUAAAGUCAUGGCCGGUGAUCUUCUUCAAUACCUCCAGAGAGGAAAGACUCAGACGAGACCAGCUAAUUGUUCUAACUCACUGUAUUCCAUAAUCAAGUCCUGUGGCCAGUUCGCUCCACACGAGCGCCCUACAUUGGCUGAGGUGAUCCAGAAGCUCCAAUCAGGAGAGAAGAGUGCCAACAAUAGGACAGUUCUUCGAGUGCCUGAGCCACUGGACAUUGAGAAGUACCUGCGGGAGGCGGGAUAUGGAGAGGCCUACAAUUACGUUGUUCUCUGAUUGGCUCCUGCAAUGGUCGUUUAAAUCAAGGUCUACAUUACGUUCAGUGUUGCUUUUCUCACAUUAUCAUGAAGACUGUUGGGAGAGCGUUUUAAAUGUCAAAACAGCACGACUAGUUUAUCUUUAGGUCCCUUACUAUGCUCAAUACAACGUAAGAGACUGAUGAAACACUCAGGUAUUAACACAUACAGCAUUCGGAAUGUAUUCAGACCCCUGGACUUUUUCCACAUUUUGUUACGCUACAGCCUUAUUCUAAAAUGGAUUUAAAAAAAAUUAAAUCCUCAGCAAUCUACGCACAAUACGCCAUAAUGACAAAGAGAAAACAGGUUUUUAAUAAUUUUAGCAAAAAACAGAAAUACAUUAUUUACAUAAGUAUUCAAACCCUUUGCUAUGAGACUCAAAAUGAUCAUCCUUGCGCUGUUUCUACAACUUCAUUGGAGUCCACCUGUGGUAAAUUCAAUUGAUUGGACAUAAUUUGGAGGCACAGAUCUGGGGAAGGGUACCAAAUCAUUUCUGCAGCAUUGAAGGUCCCCAAGAAAAACAGUGGCUUCCAUCAUUCUUAAAUGUAAGAAGUUUGGAACCACCAAGACUCUUCCAAGAGCUGGCCGCCCAGUCAAACUGAGCAAUCAGGGGAGAAGGGUCUUUGUCAGGGAGGUAACCAAGAACCCGAUGGUCACUCUGACAGAGCUCUAGAGUUCCUCUGUGGAGAUGGGAGAACCUUAAAGAUGGAAAACCGUCUUUGCAGCACUCCACCAAUCAGGCCUUUAUGAAGCCACUCCUCAGUAGAAGGCACAUAUGACAGCCCGCUUGGAGUGUGCCAAAGGCACUUAAAGACUCUCAGACCGUGUGAAACAAGAUUAUCUGGUCUGAUGAAACCAAUAUUGAACUCUUUGGCCUGAAUGCCAAGCGUCGCGUCUAGAAGAAACCUGUCACCAUCCCUACGGUGAAGCAUGGUGGUGGCAGCAUCAUGCUGUGGGGAUGCUUUUCAGCGGCAGGGACUGAGAGACUAGUCAUGAUCGAGGCAAAGAUGAACAGAGCAAAGUACUGAAAACCUGCUCAAGAGUGCUUAGGACCUCAGACUGGGGCGAAGGUUCACCUUCCAACAGGACCACGACCCUAAGCACACAGCCAGGCCAAUGCAGGAGAGGCUUUGGGACAAAUCUCUGAAUAUCCUCGAGUGGCCCAGCCAGAGCCCAGAUUUGAACUUGAUCGAGCAUCUCUGGAGAGACCUGAAAAUAGCUGUGCAGCGACGCUUGAGAGGAUCUGCAGAGAAGAAUGGGAGAAACUCCCCAAAUACAGGUGUGCCAACAAGCUUGUAUCAUCAUACACUAGAAGACUCGAGGCUGUAGACGCUGCCAAAGGUGCUUCAACAAAGUACUGAGUAAAGGGUCUGAAAACGUAUGUAAAUGUAAUAUUUCCGUUUAAAAAAAUUUAUGAAUCUGCAAAAAUGUCUAACAACCUGUUAUUGCUUUGUCAUUAAGGGGUAUUGUGUGUAGAUUGAUGAGGGGAAAAAAACGAUUUCAUAAAUUUUUGAACAAGGCUCUAUGUAACCUAAGAAAAUAUAUAAAAACUCAAGGGGUCCGAAUACUUUCCGAAGACACUGUACAUACCUAUAUUGUGUAUUUAAAGAAUAAUAUAUGUAUAUUUCUAUAUUUGUCCACUGUCCCACUGAAUAUCUAUGUGGCUCCGAAGGACAACAAAAUGAAGAUUCCCUGAUUCACUGCAGGUUCUAAUGCCAGUGACUUCCAAGGCCUUACCUGGGUCUCUAUCCUACGCUAGCUCUAUAUUUCUACUGUACAUGCAAACUAUGGUCACUCGCACUUUAACCCUGUAAACAACCACAGUGCCAUCAAAUAGAAAUGGCUAAUUGCCUCAUCAUAAUAAAACCUAGCCCAGCAGGGAAAGUAAGUUAAAGGGAAAAUCCACUCAAAAACUAUCUUUUCCAUUCGUCCACUUUUAUACAAUCCCAAUGAUGAUGAAUAAAAUGCACCAUACAUCAUUUGAUAUUUCCCUUUAAGGGAUCUGUUGUUCAACAAAGAAAAGUGAUCUUUAUUUGAGCUGGGAUCCCUGCCUAACAAAUAUGCCUUAAAAAAAACCUCAUAAGUCUUAACCAGUCAAAGGACUGUAAAGUAAAUAGCACAACUAGCUAUUACACACAAUAAACGUUCAGUCUACACAACACUCAUCAAAUCGGAUUCAAAAUAAAAGCACGACCACUCCUCCA